AAGCAGCAGGAGAAGAAGAAGAGACUUCCGGCUCCUCCACACCUGAGUUCAUUGAAUGAGGUUUAAAAGCAGCUAGCAUUUGUUUUGGUUCUAACGUAAUACUGAAAGAAAUACGCUCCACACCAAGUCGGAAGCAGCUCGACACACAUUCUUAUAAGUCUGCGGAUUUACGGUGACGAGCUGGCGCAGGUCGUGGGCUGUCCUUGGAUAAUGCGUGACAGUGGUGGCAGUCUGGCCCAGAACCGCUGGCAGGGAGACCUGGGUCUGACCACUGUGGGCCAGGACGACACAGGAGGAGGUGGGAUACCCGGAGACCACCUCAUAGUCCCAGUGUCGGGUCACAGUGUGUCCAGCCCCGUCCAGUUCAGACUCGGCAAAGAAAAAGUAGGCGAGUAUGUCGGCGAGGAGGACGGGAUAGGUGUGAUUGAGGCGAUAGGGGACGAGGAGGAAGAAGUGAACAAUCUCGACGGGGAGGACGUUGGCGAGUUUGAGGGCAAAGGCUGGGAGAACAAUGAGGACGAGGAAGAGGACGGCGAGGAAGAUGGAGACCAGGAGGAGGCAGAGGAGUGGGACAUCCCCGAUUUUCUUGCCCAGUACCCUGUACCGCAACACCAACAACCUCACGGACAGCAGCAGAAGGUAGAAAAAGUGGUCCCCGUGGAGGACGCCGUGUCCCCGGCGGCGGCGGCGGACGCACGGGAGUUGUUCAUGUCCAACCUCAGCCGGUACCGGGCUCUCAAGAGGCUCCGGCGCUUGCAGCGUUUACGAACCCACGGGGGCCUUGGAUUCCGACUCACGCAGCAUUGGAAAAGCUGGCGCCAGCGAGCCCGGUGGGUUUGCUCGCUAGCGCACCGAUGGAGCGGCCGAGGGCAAAGGUACAACGCGCACGGCGGCAAGCAGCGAAGGAUAAAAAGGCAUCGGCAGUCGACGUACCACGACGAGGACGACAGCAACGACGAGCGGUUCACAGUAUCUGAGAGAGAUAAGCAGAUAAAUGGCUGUUCUUCAGACAAGCAAGAGGACAGAGCGAGGUGGCAGAUGGAGGUUAAACCCGUGGAGCUGGCCCUUACUGAGGAGCACACGAGUUGCGUCAGUGGUAUUCUUGAAGAAUCCCUACAGCAGUAUGGCAGUUUGAUCCCCAUCCACGUGGACGACAUUGUGGAAAAGCUUCAGGACAUCUUCGGCGAGAGCUUCUCACAGCCGCACAGGAAAGCAGUGGUCCAACAUCUAAUACAAUCCUUCCAACGGUCGUCGGGAUCAGUCAUGGCUAAAACGUUCAGAGUCAACUACAAACGCCACGUCCUGACCAUGGACGACCUCGGCACUUUGUACGGACAGAACUGGCUCAAUGACCAGAUUAUGAACAUGUAUGGAGACCUGGUCAUGGACUCGGUGCCAGAUAAGGUGCAUUUUUUCAACAGCUUCUUUUAUGAUAAGCUAAGGACAAAAGGCUAUGAAGGAGUCAAACGGUGGACAAAAAAUGUCGACAUCUUUCAGAAGGAUCUGUUGUUGAUCCCCAUCCAUCUGGAAGUUCACUGGUCGCUGGUCAGUGUCGACAUUCCUCGUCGCGCCAUCACGUACUUCGACUCUCAGCGGACCCUCAACAGGCGAUGCCCAAAGCACAUUUUCAAGUAUCUGCAAGCCGAAGCCAUCAAAAAAGGCCAACGAGACUUUUUGACGGGAUGGAAAGCCUUUUUCAAAAUGAAUGUGGGUCGCCAGAACAAUGACAGUGACUGUGGGGCUUUUGUGCUACAGUACUGCAAAUGCCUGGCGCUAGGGCAGCCUUUCACCUUCGGCCAGCAGGACAUGCCCCGGCUCAGAAGGCAAAUGUACAAAGAACUGUGUCACUGCAAGCUCACCCUGUAACCUAACCGACCCCCCCGACUCCACUGAAGAAAAAGAAGAAGAAAAACGACGGAAGGACAAUGACGGAAACAAGAAGGAGGACGACUAGAAAAAAACUUUUCAAAAAAACUUUUUGUUUCUUUUCCUCUUCUCUCUCUGACAACAUCCAGAGAAGUUACGUAAAACUCUAUGUGGCGUCAUUAUUUCACCUGGUUUUUGUCCGUGUUUGCUUCCCCCCCUGCUUUCAUACUUCUAUUAAAAAUGUCAUGGUUGUUCUAUUCUGGUUGACAGAGGCCAACACGAGCUUCCUCUUUGGAAAUGUGCUAAUUAUGCAUCCUGCUUAUGUUUCAGUCUGAAAUGAGGCGUAAAUAUAUUGAGGGAGGGGAGUUAAAUCACCCGAAGUCCACCCUGAUUUUUUUUAUUAUUUUAUAUAUAUAUAUAUAGAUGGCAAAAUAAUUUGAACCACUUUGUGUAUGCUUGUAGUUUAAAGGUACCAGUAGGUUUUCCAUCCAUCCAUCCAUCCAUCUAUCCAUCCAUCCAAUCAAUGCUUUACGCUCACAUCUUUAAAAAUAAUAAUAAAAAAUGAAGAAUAUUGACCACCAUGAUAUAAUAGUCCCGUUCUACUGCCAGUUUUGUGGACAUUUUACACAACAUGUUCGCCAGUGUUUCAACAUUUUCUUCUGAAAAAGGAACUUGCCCCACUUUUUAUUAUUUUUUUUUCUAGCGUAGAGAAACUAAGGACACACUACGUUAUUCGCCCAUCUGCCUGAAACUUUCUUUAACUCACUUUUGCCAGUUGCUAAAAUAAAAUAAAAAAUAAAAUAAAAAAAUACACCUUCAUGUUCUCGAGGUUGGAUCUGUCGGCAACCCCGGAGGAAAAAAAAAAAAAAAAACAACAAAAAAAAAACAGAUUGCAUUUAUCUUUUUCUGUGUAUUAUCAGUAAACGUGGUGAUAUGCUAAAUUGCUUCUUUUAACAGACGGUGUUAAAAGGACUACGAAUCUGUGCUAUUUUUGGAGUACGUACAAAAAAAAAAAAAGAUAUCUUCUGUUAGUAUGUCUUUGAAAAAAAAUAAAAAUAAAAAAUCUUUUGGGUAAGGACCACAACAGGCACAUUAUGUCCACAGUGGAGAUAUAUUGUUCUCCUUGCUCUCCUUUUUAUAAUAAAGACAAAUUUGUGGAUAA